GUCACAGGGCAGAGCGCUGAGCUGCGGGGUCAAGAGGAGAGGCACGCACGGCACACAGCAUGUGAAGGGACAGAAGGGACGUGGCAGGGGACACUCCGGCCGGUGGGGGAGGGAGCCAGAGGCAGAGGGGUCCAGGCCAUGGCCGAGGCCAUCACCUACGCAGACCUGCGGUUCGUGAAGGCGCCCCUGAAGAACCGGCUAGAACAAGACCCCGAUGCUGACGAAGAUGGGGAGCUCACCUACGAGAACGUGCAGGUGUCCCCAGCCUCGGCGGGGCGCUCAGGCCCGGCCUACUCUGGACUGGGGGAGAAAGCAGGCCGCGCAGCCCACGUUCACUACUUCCUCGCCGGCCUGCUCCUCACCUGCCUGCUGCUGGGCGUGGCGGCCACCUGCCUGGGAGUGCGCUAUCUGCAGGUGUCUCAGCAGCUCCAGCUGGUGAGUGGGGUUCUGGAAGCCACUAACAGCAGCCUCCUCCUCAAGACUGCACAGCUGGGGAGGAAGGACCGGGAGCUGCAGGAGUCCAAGGAGGAUCUGGGCCAGAGCCAGCAAUCACGACAGCAGGAACAGAAGGACUUACAGGAUACCCAAGAGAAGCUACAGAAGUGCCAGUUAGAGAAGGAGAAGGCGGAGAGCGACUUCCAGCAGGAGGAGGAACGGAGAAGGAACCUGCAGGACAGCCUGAGCAGAGUGCAGGAGAACCUGAGCAGAGUGCAGGAGAGCCUGAGCAGAGCACAGGAGGCAACGAAGCUUAUCUCAUGCCCUUCACCAGGCAGAUGCUGUCCUGUGGGAUGGAUACAGAUUGAGAAGUAUUGCUUUCACCUCUCACUUACUCGGAGAACUUGGGAUGAGAGUCAAAAGUAUUGCACAUCUUUGUCCUCUAAGCUGGCCACAUUCCGUGGCAGUUAUCCUUCAGAGUAUGGUGACAUCGCAAAUAAGCUGUUUCUACAAAGUAGUUCACCUGGUUCAUAUUGGACUGGCUUGAAACUUGGUAAGGACCGGCGGUGGACUGACAGCUAUGUGGAAGAUUCUCGCAAUUAUGAAAUAUAUGAAUAUGAAAGACAUGAAAAAUAUGGCAAGCUGGUACUUAACUCCUGGGCAAAUCUAGUGGGGGAGACACGUGCUUCUCCACUACUACCCUGCAUUUGUCAGAGGGCAACAUUCAGGUCUCCAGAUGGGGAUGGCUCUUUGCACUGAGCUGGUACUCAUGCCAACACGUGCCUGCGUCCUGCAUCUCAG